GCUAUUGCACUGCGUACGGGUGCUGCCAUCCCAUCUGUCCGCUCCCGUGACUCUAGCUUCUCCCCGCAGCGCCUCAAUUCCCACCCUUUCACCGCCUCGAAAGGAGUCCUUUCAAACGCGCCUCCCCGUCCCUUCACAUCUGAUUAGGAUCAACUAGCGGCGAAUAGAGUACAAUUAGGGUGAAUUCUACGCUGGUAGCAAGCCGGCUUGCUUACGCUGCCCGUGCGUCGACGAGAGAAUUGAGCGGCGGGCAGUAGCAGCGGCGUGAAGAUAUGUGGCCGUUUGGCAAUCCCGAGAAGCCGCAAGCCCUGCCUCUGCGCCACGAGGGGGGGAGGUCGUACUACGACGUGCAGCUGGGCGACAACCUGACAAAGAUUGCCGGCCAGCUGGGAAGCACUGUAGAGAUCCUUAUGCAGGCCAAUGCACUUCGUUCAGACCUCUUAAGACCCGGCCAGAGCCUCUGGGUUCCUCGCACAUACACCAUUGCAAAGGGCGACACUCUGUAUGCCAUAGCUCGUGAGCAUGACACGACAGUGGAUGCCAUUAUGCAGAUCAACAACAUCCAAGAUGCAAACCUAAUCCAUACAGGCGACAUCAUUCUACUGCCAUAGAUCGUUCAUGUGGCUUGUACAAAGCCAGCGUUUGUGUUUGGUUGUAAAUAGUCUACUACACGUGUAACGUGUUCUAGAAGCAAGACUUUCUGCAAGGCAUUUUUAUUACCUUUAUAGACCAAUUUUCGAGAGGUAGCUUGUCGCCAGAGCCCAGAAAGGGGCAAUAGCCAGGUGCAUGGGCUGCUGUUAUCACAAGCCAGACCUUGCUUUGCCUUGAUUCGUCACAAUGAUCUCGUUACGUGGCUGUGGGGCCAAGGCUGCCGGACUGAGAGGCUCGGUGAUAAGCGAGGAGCGUAGUCUGAU